AUGCCACGCAACCUCUCGGGAGACGGCGCGGUGUUUGACGAACUAAUGCACACCUCUCGCUCAAACUCGCCCGCCACCGAAGAUGCCCGCCGCGGCUCGAACCCCUUGGUACAGCCUGCGCCCCAGCGGCCGUACGGCGGCGAAUUUAGCGGCAGCGGCCGCUACGGCGACGCGUACGGGACAUCAUCCAAGCGCGACUCGCUCCGCGAAGGCUAUCGCUACGGCGCCCCAGGCGCGUGGCGGCCCCAGAGCAACCUCGGUGGCCGCGAGAAUGCUUCAUGGCUGCAAGAGAAUAGAAACUCGCCCUUUGCCUCGAGCGCCGUGCGCGGCGGCGGAGAGGGGCAGGAGGAGGAGCGCGGCUACGACGGCGCGCCCGAAGGCACGCCACGGCCUACGCUGCGCAUCCCGGACGAGCGCCGGAUGGACACGGGCUCGGCGCACUCGUCGCCGGGGCCAUCACCCUACGCGAGCGCCGCGCCGACGCCGCCGCCGGGCAUCACCUCGUUUUCGCGCGCGGGAAUGCGCCCGGGCGAGCGGUACGGCGAGUACGGCAGCGGGAUGUACCGCUCCUCGUCGUUCACCGGCGCACAGGCCUACUCGCACGCGCAGCUGCCGUAUCCCCGCGGCAUGGCCUACCGCCCGCCAGAGUGGCAGGGCGAGGGCUACGCAUCGGACUCGGUGGCGGGCGAGGGCGAGUACCGCAAGCCGAAGUACGAAGAGGCGUACGGCGAGUAUGCGGACGCGCCGCCUGCGCCUUACUAUCAGGGCCAGGGCUAUGCGUACGGCCGGGGCCACGACGCUGCAUACAAGUACGGUGCGACGCGCGGUCAGCCCCAUGCGGAUAUGGACGUGUCGUCGGAAGAGGAGGCGAGUGACACCGAAAAGGUGGCCGCCACCGCGGCUCCAGCACGCUACACGCCGAAGCAGGCCCCGGCGCAGGUCACCGAGAGCGACUCGGGCGGGCCGAAGCUGCAUGUGUGCGAUGCAUGCAGCAAGACCUUUAGCCGGCGCUCGGAUCUCGCGCGCCACCGGCGUAUUCACACCGGCGAGCGCCCGUACCCUUGCGACUUUCCGGGGUGCGGCAAGAGCUUUAUCCAGCGCUCGGCUUUGACGGUGCACUCGCGUGUGCACAGCGGCGAGCGGCCACACCAGUGCGAGUUUGAGGGGUGUGGCAAAAGCUUCUCGGAUAGCAGCUCGCUCGCGCGUCACCGCCGCACACACACGGGGCGCCGCCCUUAUGUGUGUGCGGUGCCGUCGUGCGGCAAAAUGUUUACCCGCCGCACGACACUCAACCGCCAUGUCCGCAGCCACCAGCUUCCGCUGAAGAAGAGUGCCGCUGACGACAUGUACAAAGACGACGACGAGAACGCUGAAAGCGAUGAGGAGGAUCCCUCGGACGAAAGCAGCGAAGAACGUGCGUAG